ACUGCACCGAAAAUAUAUAUACGGACGGACACUCCUUUGAGCGGACAUGAAAAUUACUUCAGCUGUCAACGAGUUUUUCUGCUUUUGACUUGUGAAGAAACUUAUCCCAAUCUAAUGUUCCUGUUCGUCAAUGGAUAUGCCGCAGCGUCGACCGAGAAAACCUCGACAACUGCUUAGUUUGGAGGAGAAACUGGAAGUAAUCCGGACACAGGAGCAGAAUAAACUAACGGUGCGCGAUCUCGCGAAAAGAUUUAACAUUGGUAAAACUCAAGCAGCUGAAAUUUUAAAGCACAAAGAGGCGAUCAAAAGGGGAUUGUCGACCGGACAACUGAAAAUGAGGCAGAUGCGAAGAAAUCCGCUCAGUGAGCAGGGAUCCCAUAUCGAUGAGCUAUGCUUUGAAUGGUUUUCCCGCGCCAGGAGCGAGAAUGUUCCGAUAUCCGGUGAAAUGGUGCGGGAAAAGGCCAAGCAGAUUGCGGACGAGGCGGGCUUCCCCAGUUUCUCGGCCUCCACCGGAUGGCUGCAGAAAUGGCGGAAGCGAAACAACAUCGCAUACAAUGCCUCCGGUGACAGUCUGGAAGUUCAGGAGUUCGAGGCCGUCCUGGUCAAGAGCGAACCCAUCUCGAACCGGGACGACGAUGAGGAGCCUUCGCCGGUGAGUUUAAUCGGACCUAUCUACUCCAAGGAAGAGGCCAUGAUGCAGUUGGCCCGCUUGAAGGAGUUCGCCAGGGAUGACUAUGUAUCCUACCAGCAGCUGCUUAGCCUGGAAAAUCAGUGGAGCUGGAAGUGGAACAAUUUCAAGAAGGAGAUUCCCUGACCUAAAUGAGCGGACUGAAUAAAUAUUUCGAAUCUAG